CCACCUUUCUCUCUCUCUCCCUCUCCCUCUCUUACUCUUUCUCUCCCUCGUUCGUUCUCUCUCUCUUCUUCUCUCUCUUCCUCUCUCUCUCCCUUCUCUCUCUCUCUCUGGUUUAAGGUACACCCUCUGUAUUGCCCUCUCUCUCUCUCUCUCUCUCCCCACUGUGUAUAUCUUCAAAGUCUCACGUGACGAAAGAGAUUGAUUCAAUUGAAUUGAAUUGACGGUGCAUCCAGCAAAUGUCAUCAACUCAUCAUUUCUAGGGUUUUACACCACCUGAUUCCUUCCAACAAACAAACACCAUGAAUGCACCACAACCUCAUUUUAUCAACCCCUUCAACCCUAAUCUUUCCAUCCAUAAACUGAAAAUACCUUCAAAAUUUGUCAAACAUUUGGAGGGGAAAACAACUGGUACAGUUUACUUAACGGGUCCAAGCGGAAACACGUGGCAUGCUGACCUGGCACAGGAAACCGACGGCUUAUUCAUCUUAAACGGAUGGGCAAGUUUUGUGAGAGAUCACUUCUUAGAAAACGGUGACUCUUUAGUUUUCAGAUACGACGGUAACCUGCAUUUCACAUUACAAAUAUUCGACCAAAGUUCGUGCGAAAAGGAAACCGCGUUUUCUGCUGAGUGUCAUCAAGAUCUAAGCAUCUUCGAUCAACAUUUUGGUAAAAAAAGAGAACGUGAACGCGAAUACGCGUCUUUGUUUAAUAACGCGGUUGACUGCGUGCCAAAGAAAGCGAGAAGCUCACAACCCGCUCAUGACAUACAAUUAGGGUUACAAGAAUCCGUUAAUGGAUUAAAUGGACAAUGUGAAGUUGCGGAUUUUUUAAACAAUGCGGAUUUUUGUAGCGGUGCGAUGAAGAGUCCCCUGAACAAUGUUAUGCCGAUAUCAGAGGUAUGCCCUAAUGAUGAUGAGUUGGGUCGGUUAUCAGCUUCUGAAGCGGAUAAGAUAGCGCAAUCGUUUACUUCAAGUUUUCCGCACUUUACUCAAGUUAUGAAAAGGUUUAACAUAAGCGGUUCGUAUACUAUGAAUGUUCCAUAUCAAUUUGCUAUGGCGUACCUUCCAAACUGCAAAGUAAAAAUCGUGUUACACAACUUAAAAGGAGAAUCUUGGACCGUUAAUUCAAUUCCAACCACACGGGUGCAAACGUCACAUACGUUCUGUGGCGGGUGGUUGGCUUUUGUUCGCAGUAACAACAUUAACAUUAGAGACGUCUGCAUAUUUGAACUUGUCGGCAAAUGUGAAAUGCGCGUUAACAUUCUUAGAGUUAGACAAGAACUACAAGACUAUGAACAUAUUGAUCUUAAGGGGUCAACUAAUGCGGCUGCUCAUAAAGUUUCCGGAAGGUUGACUAAAAAAGUCAAACGAAAAUCACUUAAACAGACUCCUGGUUUGACUGAAAGUCAAAAGUUUGCUUUCUCCAUUGAAAAAGUCAAACUUGGUAUUGCAGCAAAGGGGUCGGUUGGUUCACAAUUAAGAACUGUUAAUGGAAAAUCAGGGAAAGCAAGAGUGUUUCAAGAAAACCGGGGUUCUUCUAUGACAGGGUUUACGUCAAUGAAAUCAGCACCCGAGGAAAAAAUAGCCGCUGAAUCAUUCAUUUCUAGUUUUCCUUAUUUUGUUCGGGUCAUGAAAAAGUUCAACAUAGGUGGAUCUUACACUCUGAAAAUUCCGUUUCGGUUUUCUAUGGAACACCUUCCGAACUACAGAACAGAGAUCAUCCUUCACAAUUUGAAGGGAGAAUGCUGGACGGUAAAUUCAGUCCCGACUCUUAAAGUACAAACAUUGCAUACUAUUUGUGGAGGGUGGAUGGCGUUUGUUCGUGACAAUGACAUACAACUCGGAGAUAUUUGCAUUUUCGAGCUUGUUGGUAAAUGUGAGAUGCGAGUCCACAUAACAAGUGUUGGAAAGAAUGGCAUUAAUCUUGAUUACGAAACUGGAACGGGACCUUCUAAUGCAUUAGCGAACGUGUCGUGUUGAUAGAAAGGCGUCAUGUUCUGGUCGGUUUUGUUUAUUGGGAAGUUGCUUACACGGGUAAAAAGAGGCUGGAAGAAAGAUCUACCGUGUAUUGUACCCAUUUUCCGUCUUAUGGUACAUCUUGUAUCUUUCAAUCGUUUUGUAGAACGAAAAAGCAAUGUGCCAUCAAAGUAUAUAUCAAAAUGCUAAGCUCGUUUCCAGGACAAUUUAACCAGCAAUGUAAUCGUUUGGAUGCCAAAAAACCGACUAAAAUUUAUCGCACAUUCUAUGUUCAUAU